CUCUCUCUCUCCCUCUCUCUCCCAAUUUUCUCUCCUCUGCGCAAGGACCGAGCAGGGGGGAGGGAAACCCUAGAACCGGUGAUGGGGAAAUUGUUCUGCGAUACGGCGGUUGUCACCGAAGCCCUGAAGUCCCCUCCUCUACUCCUACCUUGGCCGGAUUCGUGCUUGCGGGAGGCGGGGUUGGGACCUGAAUCGGUUUCGAGCGGGGGGUGGGACGCAGUAAGAGGGCUUGAGGAACAGCAGCGGCGGAAACUGGAGAGGAUACACGCGAGGGGUAUUUACUGGAAGAAUCCUCAAGAAGGGGCGGUGGUGAAGGGGAUGGCGUUCAGGCUUUCUCACGGUGGCGAUGUGGAGGCGGAUGGGAAUUGCCUUUUUACCGCGGUGAGGCGGGCAAUGGGAAGCAAGGUUGGGGCCAGAGAGCUCAGGCUUAGGACGGCGAGACGGUUCUUGGAGGAACACGGAUCAAACGAUGGGUCGGGUAGAAACGCGUUCGAUGCUGCUAUCCGUCACCUCUAUUCGCCGGAUCUCGAAGCGGGAUGGGGAAUCCAUGUUGUUCAGGAGGUGAAGCUGCUCGCUAGGAAGGCGGAUCGCGAGGCGCUUGACUCUGCUAUCCAGGAACUUGUAGAUCUAGGUCUACAAAGGGAAGUAGCUGCUCAAUCUGUUUACAAAGAAAGAUGCAUCCCAGUAAAUGAUGGGCAGAGUUGGGCUAAAUACAUGUCCAUCUCGGGCUCCUCGGAGGAUGAAUAUGACAUUAUCACCCUACAAUAUACUGAGGAGGGCCUGUUAACUGUAGAUGAGAACAGAGAUGGCCAUGCCGCAGCUUUUGGAGAUGACAUAGCAAUUGAGAGCCUGGCCACAGAAUUUAAGCGUGAAAUCUUUGUGGUUCAAUCCCAUGGUUCUGAUGCAAUGGUUGAUGAAGAAAACUGCGUCUUCUUUUUCCCUCACCGACCUUGGGGAGAAAUUUGUGAAACUCCACUUUUCCUUUUCAUGAAAGGGACAGGUUGGUGUGGUGCUGGGGCCGAUCAUUACGAGCCCCUGUUGGCCAGUCCUAUGCCUCUUAUCUCCCAGGAAAAAGCCGCCGUUGUUCUUUAAAAGAUUAUUCAAUUAAUCUGAGCAAUUUUGUGAUUUAAAUUCUUUUUUCUCCCUUUCUUCGUGAAAUUAUUAAGAGUUAAUCCCGUCAUUUUUAAGGAUGGAAGGACUAUUAACGGCUGCUUAAUUAAAUAUUCUCCUUACCUUUAAUUUUCUGUUUCUGAUCGUAGACUUUUGCCUGAUCAGAGAAUCCAAACUGAUGAUUCAUUUGAUAUGAAAUAAAUCCAUAACAGUUUAUGAUGAUGAAAAUCUGAAGCAAUUGUUGAUUUACUUUGUCUGGAAAGAGUACAGUACAUGCUUGCAAUAUAAGUAAUUUGACAAUGUCCA